AGAAUCCAAGGAAAUAAUUUAUCUCUCUCCAUUUUGUUCUCUGUACCGUUUUUUUGUCCCCUGUUUUACCCCGCAUUUUUUCGGACCCAGCGAAAUCUGGCUUAGCGAGGUUAAUAGCAUUCUCCAUCAUCUCAUAACCCGCCCCUUUUGUCUUCCAUUUCAUCAUCACAGAAAUUUCCAUCGAUCUUUUCGUCGAUCGUAGGACAAUUGCAUUGCCUACACGUGUUUUACCUCGAGGAAAAAGGACCUGCAGGCGGAACGUGGAUCCCUCGAGUCCUUAAAAAGUCGCCGGAGAAGUGUGAUAACUGAUAAACGGCCGCAAACCCCACCGCUUUCUGGCGGCCCCUUCGCUUUGCAUCGGCAUACCCCAAAUCCACCAUAAUCCACUUCCCUCUGUUGUGCCGGCAGAAGGCGGCUAUACACGAUCAUGAUGGCUGCCAGCAAUACGCAGCAAGAGAACGGAAUCUAUGCGCAGAACGGCCAAGGGCAAAAGUCGCCGUCGCCUCAAGCUCAUCAUCGUCGCGGUUAUCAGGCCUGCGACCCUUGCCGCAAGCGCAAGGUCAAAUGUGACCUUGGCAGUGUCGAUAACCCGCGUCCCCCUCCGUGUGUACGAUGCCGUCGCGAAAGCAAACGAUGCGAGUUCUCCGCGACCAGGCGCAAGCGGAAACCCUCCGAGAUCGAAGACAGCGUCGAUGGGGUCCUCCUCCGUGACAAGCGGAUGAUGGUCGCAGACGCGGCUCCCAACGGUUCUUCGCCGGAUGGGUCUUACAACGCACGACCGGAGCCGACAUCGAUUGAUGGUGACAGCCUGCAUUCGCGACAGAAGUGGUCAGAAGGACCUCCUGCAGCACCUAAUCAAAUACCACACGCCGAUGCCGGUCAACGAUACGGCACUAAUCAACCUGCAUCCUCUACUUCGCAAUUCCAGGAUGCGAGACCCGUGCGCCCUCCCAUGUGGUCGCUCGGGGAGCGCCCUGGAAUGAGUUUCGGUCUUGAGGGAAGCCAGCCCAUGAUGAAUCGCACCGCCGUUGAGCUGUUGUCGCCUGCGAUCAGUAACAGUCACGAUGCUCUGCACUUACUGUCCGAAGCGGCAGGGCGGACGGAGGAUCUCAAUCGGCAGAGCCUCGAGAAUCGAUACGCCGCGCGGCGGUCGGUUUCCUCCUUCAAUUCUCCCGUGUCUCCUAUGACACAGGCCGGGACUCCUAGAAGCGGAGGCAGUUCCUUUCCGCGAGCGCCUCGGUCCGGUACCGUGCCCGUGGGUAACUUCUAUAAUACGGGAGGAUCGGGUUCCGUGGAUCACACAAAUUCGGAUGCUCGCGAUCACAAUGAACCUAUAGAUAACUUGCAGGAUCCAGGGUUCGUCGAUGCGGUCAGAGCCUGGUCACGUCUGCGGUUUGUUCGAGCAGGUUGGCUCACAGUUGAGGAAUCCAUGGCAUACGUGGCAUACUACUAUGAACAUCUUGCUCCGUUGAGCCCUAUCGUCAUUCCUGAUUUUUCACACCCUUCGACACAUCGCACCCUUCUCACUGAUGAGCCUGUACUGGCUGUCACUAUUCUUACGACCGCAUCACGGCACAUGAAACCCAAGGGUGAUGGGGCAUAUACCCGGUCAUUCUACAUUCAUGAUCGACUCUGGUCUUAUCUUCGGGGAAUGAUUGAGCGUCUUUUCUGGGGCCAAGAGAAGUUCGGCGGAAACGGCAUUGGAAUCAGCAAGCCUCGGUCAUUUGACCUGGCCCCGAGCGCAGCCAAAGUGAGUCUCAAAGGGAACUUGAGAUCCCUGGGCAGUAUCGAGGCGCUCCUGAUCCUCACGGACUGGCACCCCAGAAAUCUGCACUUCCCCCCUGGUGAUGAUGAAAAUACACUCUUGGACUUGGACGCGCACGCUCAAACUCGCCUUGAGAAGGAUAUCGAGCAUGAUGGUGAGCCAACAAACCAUCGGGCUUCUCAAAUGUCAGGCGAGGGGAGACUCGCCUUCCAGAAGUGGUUGGAGCCCGCUUGGCGGUCUGAUCGGAUGUCCUGGAUGCUGUUGAGCACCGCACAAGCGCUGGCUUUUGAGCUGGGAGUCUUUGAUCAGAAGAGCGAAGCGAAGACUGCGAACGACUCUCCUGCCGAACAGACACGGAAACGUCGACUUCGGCGUCUGAUUCUCGUUUACAUCACGCAAAGCAGCGGCCGUCUGGGAAUUCCUUCUAUGCUUCCACUGCCACAGUGGACUAAUGACAUCCAACCAACUCCUGCGUCAACUUCAAAAGGCGGCGAUACAACUAUUGAUCGGAUGCAUGACUGCUGGAUUGGGAUCACCAAGAUCAUGUAUCAGAGCAAUCAGUUGUUGUUCGCAUCUAACGAACAGACAUCGGAACUGAUUAGGAGUGGGCGGUAUCGCGACCAGAUUGAUCGGUUUCAGCCUUUUCUACGAGAAUGGCGAAAUAACAUCGACACGGUUGACCUCGCACCUGCCAUGCGGCACAUCUUGAUGAUUGAAUACGAAUAUACCCGCGUUUAUGUCAACUCAUUAGCUCUGCAGGCAGUCGUGGACCGCUGGACCACAAUGUCCAACGAGGCUGCCCAGGCUCAGAGCGGAAGACCGGGCACUGGUCCCUCGUCGAACAAUUGGUUUCAUAUGCUCAUGGAGCUGUAUCGUGUCAACGAGCAAUACAUCCAGGAAGUUGUUGACGCGUCACGUCGGAUUUUGCAAACUGUACUGGAUGACCUGGUUCCUGGCGAUCACCUGAAGCACGCUCCUGUGCGGACAUGCUUCCGGAUUCUGUCUGGCAUGAUCUUCAUCCUCAAGACAUUCACCCUUGGAGCGAAAGAGGAUGAUGUACGUGUAUCGCUAGACCUUCAGGAUCGAACGGUGGAAGCGUUGAGGACAUGUGUCGUGGACGAUGUCCACCUGAGUCACGCCAUUGCUCGGCUGGUGGAAAUGCUUACGACCAGCAUUCGCACAAGAUUCCUGCGAUUUGCACCGUUGGACCGAGGUGGUGAUGGUGACGGUCAAGAUCGCACCUCUGCACCAGUCUCCAGGCACCAGUCACCGCGUCCUCGCGAUGGCGCCCAAGGCCGUCGGGAUGGAUCGAACCAUGCAUGGACACCGAGCCACAACGCAGCACAGAAUAUUGGCUACGUUGAUGGCAAUAAUCCGACGAGUACCACAAUGGGAUCAGUGCAUGAUCCGCUGGCAGCCAUCCCAGCGCAACCGAUCAAUUCUUCGAAUAUUAAUGUCUCAUUCAUGCCUCCACCGCCGUCGGUGUACCAUAAUUACUAUGAACCGCACACAUCGCCUCCCACCGGAGGGAUGGAAGGAUCGAACGUUCCUUCGCAAUCAAUGAAUGAUAAUUCCGGCACCUCCGGCGGACUUCCGGACUGGUUCGCGCUUCCGCUCGAUCAUUUCUUCAACAGUUCGACAGCCGUUGUCGAUCACGGUCUCGGAGGGACAGGGCCAAUGGUAGGCGAGUUUGACAUGCUUGAGGUCCUGCUCAACGAGCAAUACGACGGCACGGGCGACGGCCUCGAUUCAGCAGGGCGCGACGGGCUUCCGUCCCAGUUCCUGCAGUCUUAGCUGAUCCCAUUCCCGUCAAUAAUGACGAAUGCUUAUCACGCUUAAUCUGACGGUGGUGCUAUUGCCAAAAGUCCAAUGGAGCUACACCCGAGAUUGCUUUCUCGUAUUGUACCUCGGCCAAGGAGUUCUACACUUUACCCUGCCAGGCGCCAAGCACUGCGAUUAUGCUUAGCAUUCCGUGGCUUGUUCCUAUAUAUGCUUGUCUUAGGAUUGUUUCUUGGUGACUGGAAGGUGACCUUCACGGGGUUGCAUUGUUGCAUUCCAUUUCUGAAGUUGUCCCUCGGUAUGAUAUGACCCGCGACAAAGACCUGUAUAGUGUAUGUGGAGGGUUAUCUGACAGCUUGGCGGUUUCAAGACAUUUUCAUGUGUCAUUGUAUGUUUCUAAGCGGGAGUUUCAAAUGUCAACACCCCAGACCCUUGGAC